AUGUCUGCUGCUUCAUCACAAAGCAAUGUUGACAAUUGUCACAGACAUUCACUAACUGUUGAACCGAUACAUCCGAUGCAUUUAAUUGCUUCCGGUAAGAUUCAUCGUCGAUUUAGCACUCAAGCAGAAGCCGAAUCACAAGCGAAAUUGAUGAAAAAAUUUUCUAUAACAUCGGAAGGACAAAAAGAUGUUUACAGCGCAGCAGUAGCUGAUAAGUUGGAAGAUCAAGAAGUAAAUAAUUUACGAAAGAAACAAAAUCAACAAAGUAGAAAUGAUAAUGAGAAGAAAUAA